GAAGCAGUUUCCGUGACCACACAUGGUCUACCUCCGUCUCCCCCCGACCCACCGCGUUUACUGAAAUCGGGAACACGAAGUCUGCACCUCACUUGGGAACCGCAGUCCAAACCCGGUGCCUCUAGUUCUUUCCCAUGCAAACCUAUAAUUCGCUAUCAACUUGAAAUGCAAGAAGGAGAGGCCAGGCAGCACUUCAAGAGUGUAUACGAUGGCGAUGCAAUAACAUUUUUGGUUGAAGGUCUUCGACGGUGUUCCCUCUAUCGUUUCCGUCUCUGUGCUAGCAAUGCUGAUGGUGUGAGUCAUUGGAGCGAUAUAGUCGCCUUCCGAACUGACCCAGAUCCUCCUUCAACACCUAAAGGUUUACGGCUUCGUGGUCGAGUGCGCCCUUACCAUGUGAAUCUCUAUUGGCUUGCACCGGAUGAUGAUGGCGGGGCUCCAGUGAAUGGAUAUCGGUUAGAAAUUCUCAUGCCGCAAUUACCACUUGCGCUGUUGCGCAAAUACCCCCACCAACAAAGCGUCCACAGCAAGAAAGAGAAUGCCCAGCGUCUCCAGCCCAAUUCCAACGAUGAGGAUGAGAUCAAGGCAGCUGAAUCGAAGGGUUUCAUUUGUUGGCCUUGGGUCAUCUACAAUCGUGCUGUUUAG